AUGUUCCUUAUUGAUACUCAUUUCUUUUCAAUAGGCAACCCAAGCAGCCAUAAAGCGCUCGUGAGAUUUCUUGAAAGGCAUCUGUUGACAUUGAUAGCAUUAAGAAGUGGAUCGAAAUCAUCAUUUAACACGAAUCACUUUUUUUUCUUAUAUUUAUGCAAAGAAAAACUUCUUUUCUGGGAUCAUUCUUAUGAUCUUCAAAAAGAGAUUUUCAAUCUCGGAAAAAUUUAUUCAACCAGCGAAGGUUCUUUUAUCAGAAAAAUAAGAAAAGAUGAAGGAUAUGGAAAAUCGCCCACACCUUUUCAUAUAAAGCAACGCAAUUUUUCAUCUCCAUGGAAUUUCAUAUGUUCUCUAUGGGAAGAUUCACAGUACGCAUUCGACAAUUUCUCAAGAUUCGUUCCUUUUAGAUUCACUUCAAGGAGUCAUAAAAUAGCGACUUACAUCUCCAUACAGCAUGUGAAAAUUACAUGA